AGAAGAAGCGAUGAACCAUCGCCGGAAAGCGUUACUUUCGCCAUUGUUGCUGUCGUUGUCGUCGUCAUCAUCAUCAUUGCUGUGUUGUUGUCGUGUCUUUUAGUCAUACAGUGCCUUCGCCUUCACCUUCGUCGCUUCACCAAUUGUUCAUGCUUGAGCAGCUGCAUGUUAGGUGGCCCGGUUCGACGUAGAGCAACGAGAGACAUGCUCUAGACAAACAGAGGUGUGCAGCAGCAGCAGUAGCAGCAGUAGCAGCAGUAGAAGCAGUGAGUAGUGCUACGUGGUCACGCAGCCAUCGAGUUUGUGUGUAUGUGUAUCGUCUGUGCCUGUGUAUGUGUGCCCUUGUUGUGUGUGGCACAGUGAUUGUUAGUCGUAAGCCUCGCAUCGCGUGUGCAUCAACCGGUGGUGAACAGAGAUCCGGUCGCGAACGUAGUAGGCGAGCGUGUACGAAGCAUCGAUCGAAACACCCUGGCGAGCCGUGCGUCCUGUAGCGGGGGGAAAGUGAGAUCACAGUGAGCGAAGGUGACACGGAAGGGGUACGUCCAGUGCACAGGAGGAGGUCCAGUGUCCAGAGUUACUACGGAAGGUUCGCUACGGCAAGCAUUCACAGCAUCCGGAGAGCAGCGAUAGACCGAAGAUCUCCAGCAAACGCACCGGGCACACCGCGGGAGGAGUACGAAGUCAUCGCACCACUAAGCACACACAGACGGACAGGGAGGCAGGCAUCGCGCGGCAAUCGACUACCGGCACAAUGAGUGCCUUCAGUUCAUUGGCCUUUACCGCGGCCGAGUUCACCAAUCUGCUGCCACUGACGGCAGUGAUCGUGUGCAUCGGUGCGACGAUCAUGUUUCUCAUCAAGGCCGCCGUGAUACUUCGCGUACAGGCCGAUGACGUUUUAAGGCCGUCGAAUGUAGCGCAGCAGAACCAUAAUGUGCACGUACCGCGCCUCAAGAUGACCCGCGUGCACAUACCGUUCACCUUUCGGUUGCUCGACGCGGGAAACAAUUCUUUCGACGAGGUGCGCCUAGCGGUGUCCAGCCAGGUGAAGUACUCGCUGCAGGCGUUUUGGGGCGUAUCGAUUCGCGAGCUGCACGUUUCGCUGUGGAGAACCUGGAACGAUCUCAAGGAGGCAUCGAGCUCGCUUAUCGUGGACUCCAGCUAUUGUCAGCAACUGGCAACUAACGUAAGAUGCUGUCAGCCACACACGGAGCACAUCAUAGCGCUGCAAUCACCGAAACCACCACUAAUUCUUGGUGCUCCGCCACGGUUAGCCUAUCCGCUGGUGGUGUUUAUGAUCCGAGAGUGCGAACCAGAUGAACUGCUUCAUCCCGAUGAGACGGUAAUUCUGGUAAAUGUCGUUCACUUGCGAGACCCGGUAUGCCCACUGCCAACAUCGAUUCUGGCCCAAUAUUUGAAGCAAGCGAGUGGUCAGCUGUCCUGUCUGAAGCAACUCUACCUGGCUACCGGUGAUCCGAUGAUGGCGGAUGAAGGAAGCAGUACUGGCGGCAGUAUGGCCGGUAGUAAUGCUGCUAGUAGUACAGCGUCAGCGAACGGUGUUGGUGGCGGUGGUAGCGUUGGGGCACCCACCGGUACACUGUCUCUAGCCGAACCGGUCGCCUGUGCCGGCAACAAUGAGCCGUUGCUCUGUUCCGAUUCGGCACCCCGUGACUGUCCAGUCGGUGAGCAGCUGUGCGUCGUGUGCCAUUACUUUCCACUUUCCCGUGCUCUGCUUCCCUGUCGACACACGUGCAUCUGUGCAGUUUGUUUCUCCAAACUAGACCGAUGUCCGAUGUGCCGCGCCACCAUCACCAGUUACUUCUGCAUACGAACCGAGGAAUACCUGCCGGCAAGCACGACGAACGAGCUUAAGGUCAACAGCAAACCGAAAGGAACCGUUCACUGGCUGGACGCGCUGAACGAUCGGCUUACCGAUUUUCUGGGCUUUCGGUGAAGCAGCCGCUGGAGUUGGUAAUGAUGUGGAGAAGUGCUAGGCUGAGACGAAGUGUGCGAAAUAGAGCCGACAGAUCGAAAAGAAGGGGUGGGUUGUAUAGAAUGCCGUUCUGUUGAAGUAGUAGCAGCAGUAGUUUUGCGUGGUCGUGCGCGAGAAGAAA